AUGUUCAACAAAAAGAAGGAAUCGGAUGGUUCGUCGUCGUCGCUUCCGGGAGGCGGCACGGCGUCUCGAACCGGAGCAGAUUCUCCGUUCCUGCAGAAGGCACGCUCGGGGAAAACGGAGAUCCGUGAGCUCGAGGCGGUGUUCAAAAAGUUCGACGUGAACGGAGACGGUAAGAUCUCGUCGAAGGAGCUCGGUGCGAUAGUGGCGAGCUUAGGCCACGAGGUUCCGGAGGAGGUAUUGCAGAAGGCGAUAACCGAGAUCGAUCAGAAGGGAGACGGUUACAUCAACUUCGAGGAGUUCGUGGAGCUGAACACCAAGGGGAUGGAUCAGAACGAUGUGCUGGAGAAUCUCAAGGAUGCGUUCUCGGUUUAUGAUAUCGACGGGAACGGAUCGAUCUCGGCGGAGGAGCUUCACGAGGUUUUGAGGAGUCUCGGCGACGAGUGCUCGAUCGCGGAGUGCAGGAAGAUGAUCGGCGGUGUUGAUAAGGAUGGAGAUGGGACGAUCGAUUUCGAGGAGUUUAAGAUUAUGAUGACGAUGGGAUCCAGGCGUGAUAACGUCAUGGGAGGAGGCCAGAGGUAG